AGUUGUUCACCAUUUCCCACAAAACCAAUCCUUUCUUCAAUUCAAUGGCUCUAUCUUUCUUCUCCCCACGUUUGCUCAUCUUCUCCAUCAUCAUCAUCCCCUUCCUCGCUUCUAUCGCUCUCUACCGGCUCGACACCUUUGAUCCAGCUCGACUUCCCGAUGAAGCAUUACUCUACUCCACUAACUCCAUCCCGCCGCUUAUCAACGACCGAUUUCUCACCGGUGCAGAGUUUAUCGGCGUCGGUCUUCUCAAAAGUCCAGAGGAUAUCGCCUACCACCGAGACUCAGGUCUCAUCUAUACUGGCUGUGCAGAUGGAUGGGUAAAACGAGUCAAGGUACUCGAGUCAGCUAACGACUCAGUCGUAGAGGAUUGGGUUAAGACCGGUGGUAGACCGCUCGGUAUUGCUUUCGGACUCCACGGCGAGGUCAUCGUCGCAGACGCAUACAAGGGGCUGUUGAACAUAAGCAAUGACGGGAAGAAGACGGAAUUACUGACGGAUGAAGCGAAAGGAGUGAGAUUUAAGCUCACAGAUGCAGUCGCCGUCGGGGAUAACGGCGUUUUGUAUUUCACAGAUGCUUCUUACAAAUAUAACUUCCAUCAAGUCGCCUUUGACAUGUUGGAAGGCAAACCCCAUGGCCGACUUUUGAGCUUUGACCCCACCACACGAACCACGCGUGUCCUCCUCAGAGACCUCUACUUCGCUAAUGGCGUCUCUAUGUCUCCUGAUCAAACCCAUCUCGUCUUCUGCGAAACCACCAUAAGAAGAUGCAGCAGGUAUUACAUCAAUGAGGAGCGUGUGGAGCUAUUCAUUCAAGACUUACCCGGUUAUCCAGACAACAUCCGGUACGAUGGAGAUGGACAUUACUGGAUUGCAUUGCCUUCGGGAGUAACAACGUUGUGGAAGAUCUCGAUGAAGUACCCUUUCUUGAGGAAACUCAUAGCUAUGGCGACUAAGUACGGCUUCGAAAUUAUGUUUCCGGAGAAUGCUGGCGUUUUGCAGGUGAAUCUGGAUGGGAAGCCCAUCGCACUGUACCACGAUCAUACAAUAACUCACAUAACCACAGGAGUCAAGAUUGGGAAAUAUCUCUAUUGUGGGAGUCUCUUGCACUCCCGCAUUAUCAGACUCGAUCUCCUGAAAUAUCCUGCACACUAGUAGAAGAGGCUUUGAACAUCAAGUUCAUACACAAUAAAUAACUUUUUUUUUACGUUGACAAUCAUUUCACUGUUACAAAAUGUAAA